GAGGCUAUAUACAGUAGCGAGGCUAUAUACAGUAGCGAGGCUAUAUACAGUAGCGAGGCUAUAACUCAGACAUAUAAUGUUAACUGACUGAUGAUAUUCUAUGUAUAAGAUCUAAGCCUGUGUUAACCUCAGACCUUAUUUUCUAUGUUUAUCCCAAAACGCUAUUCUUUCCCCAUUUAAUUUCCCCAAUAGGAAUGGCUGAACGAACCAGAGGUUAGUGUGUUUAUCAUGUAGUGUGUGUAACAGGGAGUUUUGUGUUGGUGUGUGAUUGAUAACAUCGAGCAAGUCCUUUCCCUACCACAGGAUAACAUGUUUGUGUUUCAGUGGUGGUAACAAUUCUGUAAUUUUGUGAAAAUGGUACUCCAUCUCCCAGAUUAACUCAAUUGACAUGGAAUUGAGCCCAAAUCACCUAGAUAUGUUGUUUUAUAUCCUAGAUGUGUUGUGUUUUACAUCUCCUAGAUGUGUUGUGUUUUACAUCUCCUAGAUGUGUUGUGUUUUACAUCUCCUAGAUGUGUUGUGUUUUACAUCUCCUAGAUGUGUGGUUCAGGACCAUCUCCAGUUAGAAUCCAUCAGCCUACGUCACCCUGUGCUGUAACCUGGGUGAUAUAGACCAUCCACACUCUCUCUCACACACACACACACAGGCACGCGUCUACCAUCUCAGCUCACCUCUCUCUCUCACGCACACACCCCAGUCUCUGAGACCCGGGCAUCUCUCUCUGACCAUGGACGUGUCAGCGCUGGGCAGUGGGAGCAGCUGUUCAGAGGAUUGUGUGCUAGGGUCUGGCUGUCUGGAGGACUGUGGGAACCAGAGUGACCAGACUGACUGGGAAUGGGAGGACUUCAGUGGGGCUGAGCUGGUGUGUGUGACAGCCGUGUGUGUGCUGCUGCUGGCCCUGGGCAUCGCAGGAAAUAUGUUAACCAUCCUGGUAGUUUGGCUCCGGCCACACCUGAGAAGCACCACCUACCUCUACCUGAGUAGUAUGGCUGUCUCCGACCUCCUCAUACUGCUUCUGAUGCCUUUAGAUCUGUACUACAAGCUGUGGAGGUUCCGGCCCUGGGAUCUGGGUGAUGCAGUGUGUAAGCUGAGUGUGUUCAUCAGUGAGAGUUGUACCUACUCCUCCAUCCUCCACAUCACCGCCCUUUCUCUGGAGCGCUACCUCGCUGUCUGUCGACCACUCACAGCCAAGACCCUGGUCACACGGACCCGCGUCCGCACUCUCAUUGGCUGCCUGUGGGUUGUGGCCGUGAUCAGCGCUGGGCCGGUGUUUGCUAUAGUAGGGGUAGAGGAGCUGGGGGGAGGUGAGGGGGAGAGCGAGUGUCGCUGUACGGACUACGCCGUCUCCUCAGGCCUGCUGGGGGCCAUGAUGUGGCUCUCCAACCUCUACUUCCUGGUGCCGCUGGGAAUUCUGGGAGUUGUGUAUGGUCUGAUCGGCAGGAAGCUUUGGCUCCGCCCACAACGCAGCAGCCGAGACCGCGCCCAGCGACACACCAUCAAGAUGCUCGGGAUGAUCGUGCUGGCGUUUGUUCUGUGUUGGCUGCCGUUCCACGUUGGUCGGACGUUGUUCUCUGUGACUCUGGGCUCCAGCGCUGAUAUGUACUACAUCUCUCAGUACUUUAACCUGGUCUCCUUUGUGUUGUUCUACCUCAGUGCUGCUGUCAACCCUAUCCUCUACAACACCAUGUCAGCACGCUACCGCCACGCUGUCCGCAGCCUGCUGCGCUCACACACACCCCGCUCCCACCACCCCCCACUCACGCCACAACACUCUACCACCACCCUGUAACUCACACACACCCCGCUCCCACCACCCCCCACUCACCUCACAAC